AUGAAGCUAAGAUGUGCUAUAUUAGUGGUUUCUUUCCUAUAUUUAGCCACAGCUCAGGGAUGCAAGUACAUCCGGUACGAAACAGCAGCCGAAGCCGAACGUCGAGCUAUAUUCGAACGAUGUUUGGUAAGCUGUAGUGAAUCAUCUCGAGAUCCAAACCCAUGCCAUAAUUGUAUGGUGCCCUACAAAGCAUAUGGAUGCCUUUUGAAAAAGGAAGAGGUUGGCAACUUUCUGUGA